AUGGGUUGGACUGAGUAUUGCGCACAACCUUCCGAGCUGUUUGAACUCCUAUUCCGCCAGGGAGUGGGAACUAUGUGCGCCAAGUUCUAUGUGACCUGGGCCAAAGAGCUGGAAUCCCACGGAGCGUUGGCAAAAACCGCAGCUGUCUACGCUCAUGGUCUGCGUGCGGGUGCCAGGCCCAUCAGUUGGCUUGAAGACCGAACAGAAUCGUUUCUGUCGCGUUACUCAGCUCGUUCGACCAAGUCGGACGAAUUGGACUCGUGUUUCACCGACGGCCCCAGUUCGGCGAACUCCGCUGGUCGUUCUCUGACUUCAACCGAACCGGCGCGACAGCAGUUGGCUGCACUCCGCCUAGUCGAAACAGGAAUAGACGAAAAUGCAGCCAAUCGUACAUUGAAGGUGCCCGCCGUGCGAACAAGUGAAGCUUGGCAUCCACAUCAGUCUGGUUUGGAAGCACGUAAUUCAACAGUUAGACCAACGGCCAACCAAUUCGACUCCGGUCUGGGUCGUCGCCCUUGUCCGCGAAUCGUUCCAUCCGCUCCUCGAACUGCGGACCCUGUCGAAUCCGCGGGCCCUUUUCUGCACACACUCGCCCCAAUACCUCGUUCGGACUCGUCACAUAAUCCGACCAGUUCCAUUCGACCGCUUAGUAAACCUAGUCAGUGGCUGAAAGAAAAUUGUCCGAAACCAGGGCCUUGGAAAAAUGAAAAGGUGGGCAAAUCAAGUUGA